AUAGGGAGCUCAUGAGUCCAGACUUUACCGAGACCUACUACUCAGAAGAAGGACAGCCAGUAACUGUGACCAAUCAUGAUUAUACUGACCACUGCUACUACCAUGGACAUAUAAGUGGACAUCCCGAAUCUUGGGUUGCCAUCAGCGCAUGUUCAGGAGUCAGGGGCCUGAUAUCCUUGAAUUUUAAUGACACAUACUACCUGGAGCCAAUGGGCGGUGAGAGCCCUGUCAACCAUUCACUGCUGAGCGCCAGUGAACUGCAAAUCAAGGGCGGAAACUGCGGCCAUGGCCAUCACACCACACAGUCGGACAAUAUCCUGAGCCUACUCAAACCAUUCCAUUCAAGGGUUAAGAGGAAUACCUUGGGUACGACUAAAUACAUGGAGCUGUAUAUUGUGGCAGACAACACACUGUUUAAACGGCAGAAUAAGGACUAUCAAAAGACAAAAGCAAGGAUAAUGGAAAUUGCCAAUUAUGUGGAUAAGUUCUACAGGGCUCUUAACAUCCGCGUGCCUCUUAUUGGUCUGGAGGUUUGGACUGACCGGGAUCAGUGCAUCAUCACGGAGGAGCCCAACGCCACACUCUGGUCUUUCCUUCAGUGGAGACAGAAGCUUAAAUCUCGUAAAAAACACGACAAUGCGCAGCUGCUCACCGGUGUGAUUUUCAAGGGGACAACUAUUGGCAUGGCACCACUGGAGGGGAUGUGCAGCCUGGAAAACUCUGGAGGCAUUAAUGUGGACCACUCGGACUUGUCUAUUGGUGCUGCUGCUACCAUGGCGCAUGAGAUUGGCCACAACUUCGGCAUGAGCCACGACCACGACGGCUGCUGUGUGGAGGCCACUGCUGAGCAGGGAGGCUGUGUGAUGGCUGCUGCCACCGGGCAUCCAUUCCCACGAGUUUUCAGCCGCUGCAGCAAACGGGACCUUGACAACUACUUUCAGAAGGGAGGGGGCAUGUGUCUCUACAACAUGCCCAACAUGAAGGACCUGGUGGGAGGCAAGAAGUGCGGCAAUGGCUUUGUGGAGGAUGGAGAGGAGUGCGACUGUGGAGAGCCUGAUGAAUGCACCAAUGACUGCUGCAAUGCCAAUAACUGUACCCUGAGGGAAGGGGCUCAGUGUGCCCAUGGAGUGUGCUGCGAGGCCUGUAAGUUAAAGCAGGCAGGGACCAUGUGCAGGGGGCCGGCCGGGGCAUGUGACCUUCCAGAGUACUGCACAGGUGCCUCCCCCUACUGCCCCUCCAAUGUCUACCUGCUGGAUGGCUCCUCCUGCCAGUAUGGACUGGCCUACUGCUACAAUGGCAUGUGCCUCACCCAUGAACAGCAGUGCCUACAACUCUGGGGCUACGGAGCUCGACCAGCCCAUGACGCUUGCUUUGAGGACGUCAACGCUGCAGGGAACGCGUUUGGCAACUGUGGAAAAGAUGAACAUGGCAACUACAAGAAGUGUGACAAAAGUGAUGCCAAAUGUGGAAAGAUCCAAUGUCACAGCGCUGCCAAAAAGCCCAAGGGCACCAACGCGGUUUCCAUCGACACCACCAUCAGGACGGGGGGCCGGGAGGAGAAAUGCCGGGGCACCUACGUCUACAGCACCCAGGACGGCCAGGGGGACCUGCCCGACCCCGGCCUCGUCAUGACCGGCACCAAAUGUGGAGAAGGCAAGGUGUGCAGAGACCGCAGAUGCCAGAAUGCGUCUUUUACCGAGCUGGAGACGUGCAUCGCCCGGUGUCACAGCAAUGGGGUGUGCAACAGCAAUGGGAACUGUCACUGUAAUCGAGGCUGGGCUCCUCCCUUUUGUGAGAAACCAGGCCUGGGCGGCAGUGUGGACAGUGGACCUGUGCAGUAUGACAGUCAAGUGGGUCUGGUUGCAGGGCUGCUGUUUGCCUUCCUGGUCAUCCUGCCUACGGUGUUAUUGCUCUUCUACUGCUACAGAGUCAAAACAUCCUACUUGCACAAGUGGCUUCUGCAGAGAGAGAAGAACAAGAGUAACAAGACAAAGGCAUCAGCAGAUAAAGGGAAAAAUGGCCAUCUGAAUCCUGCCUUCCACCUGAAGGUGGUUGGCCCCAUCAACCGAGCUAGUAGCCACAAGGGGCUUCCUCACACCAGCAAAGAAGUCCUACCUCUGAGACCAGGCCCCAUCCCGAACGGUACCCAGCCCGUAAAUGUCGUACGACCUCUCAGGCCUGCACCAUCUCCCAAAAGUGGUCCCCGUACCUGCAAGGUGGUACGGCCACCUCUGCCCGUCGGAAAGCCCCCAGCAGCUCCCCCCAAGUCCCCCUCAACUCCACAGAGACUCAGCCCACCCAAGAAACCACUGCCCCUUAACCCAACGCGAUCUCCACUGUUGGUGUCUGGGCUGCAUCCCAAACAAUCCCCGUUCCCUCCUCAGAGGCCUCUCCCCCUCAGUCCGGCCAGGGGGGCCCCGUCCACAGUGAGUCCGUGCAGGAACCCUGGCUCCAAACCCUCUGAGGGCCUACUGGUCAUGAUGCCCCCUGCGGUUGGACCCAAACCAGUUGGCAAAGUCUCAGCUAUCCCACCCCUUAGAGCCUGUCCCUGGUGCCAAACAAAGCUCAGCCUCACCUUCACCACGAAAAUGACCUCCCUCUUGCCUCUGUGGCCCCUGAGGAGGCAGUGGCUGACAGCCUAUUUGCACUAAAGAGACUUUGGCUAGUGAACUGCAUCGCUGUCACACAAACCAGAGGAGGACAAACACAAAGUUAAAACCAGAGACACGGAGGAACAAACAAAACCCGAUCCACUUCGGACUUUAAAUGAAACAUGACCCCAACCCCCACCCUCUCCUUGAUUCUGGCCCCACGCUAUUCUCCUCCGGUUCCCAGUGUGUUAACAUUGAGCACGAUGACGCGGUGUUGCACGGAGGCCUUGCAGACUGAGACAAAUUUUAUUGCUGGGGUACGGUUUCAUUUACCAAAAUGUUUUUUUUUAGAUCAUUGUUUCAUUUUUUUUUAUCAGUUAAUGCUGUCCAUGUAUAUAAGUGCAUUUUUGUAAUGGCGUUUGCUUUGUUUACACUUGUUUUCAUGUCAUGUGACAUGGUUUAUGUUAUGUGCCAAAGAGGUCUUUUCAUACCUGGGGUGUGUACCAAUUGCUUGAAAAUCUUCUUGUGCUAAGUUCACCACAAAACCCUCCGAAUGUGUUUUUUUUUCUUAAUAAUUUAUUCUAAAUUACAAACCUGGAGAUAGAGAUGUCUUCUGUUACAGGAGGAACAACAGCCAAUCAUGCAGCAGCUUCUUUUUAUCACUGUUUACAUAGGGGAGGGUUCGAUGGAGGCUUGAACUUGCAGGGCACACCCCAGUUUGCUCCUAUUUUUUUAAUGUAUUUUACCAUGUUUUAUUACUUUUGAUUGUUUACCAUAAAAUUUUUUUUACAAAG